GGCAGCUCUAGGUAUUGGCAGCGCGAACAAGAUAUCCACCCGUGAUCCCCCUUUGUGGGUACCUAUGUACAUCUAGUAGCUAGUGCAGUGAGUGCUCCCAGGCAUGGCCUACCGCCAGUGCUAUCCUCAGCAGUCCGGCCAGGAGGUCGACGAAGGCUAUGUCUGUCUUUUCUGCAACCAGAGCUUUGAAAAAGACUUGCAGCUGGCGGCGGAGCUGGGAAAGACCCUCCUGGAGCGGAACAAAGAACUGGAAACCGCGCUACGGCACCACCAGAACAUCGCCGAGGACCAGGCUCAAGAGAUCGAGUACUUGAGGAAGCAAACGUUGGCCCUGAGGGAAGUAAACGAUUCGAGGAUGAAGAUCUACGAACAGCUGGAGAUCAGCAUCCAAGAACUGGAGACCAGCAACCACCGGCUCAAGGCACAAGGGGUAGCCGACAAGAAACAAAUUUCAAAUUUAGAGCAGCAAGUAGAGAAGUUGGAAGGGCGUAUAGAGGAGCAGGUGAGGCAUAUAGAAGAGAAGAACCAGCUUCUGGAAGGAAGAAGUGGUGGAGGAAAGCAGGGUGACAGAGCUGCAAGUGGCGAUGAACAGCUUCGUGAAGAACUCUCUGCUGCCCGGCAAGAGGUUGGCAAACACCAAGCCAAGCUCCGUGAGCUCCAGACAACUGUAGACUAUGUUACACAGGAGAAUCUGAGGCUUGAAGAGCAGGUGUUGUUCAUGCAGAGGAAACAAGAAGAAAUAUUGGCCAACAGUGAGCCACUUAGGCCACCAGGUGAUAUUUGUCCUCGGUGUCUUCGAAACCAAGAGACCGAGUCUAUGACAGGCGAUGAGGAUGAUGCUUCGGUAAUAGAUUCAUUGAUAGCAGAUGACUCCUACCAGUCGUACCUCAGGGAGUCAGUUGGCGAUUUGACACAGAAAGAUAAUCCUUACAGAACUCUUGUAGAGAAAUAUGAGGAACUGAUGAGAGUGGAGAAGCCAUUGCCUAGGCCUCGAGGAGAUGGUCCUAAGACGCUAUCACUCCAGGAAGAGCUCGAAUUGUCUGGAGAGUUCAGUUCCUUCACCAAGACAGGAGGUGAUCUUUCCGAGGCAGAGACUUCUAGCUCUGGCUUUUCUGAUGAAGCAGUGUCCAAAUCGACCCAGACAGAAGCGAUUGUCCCACCCGGGGCCUUCCUUUGCUCCAUUACGGAUGGAGAUGACUGCAAGUUCAGCAUCUAUGAUGAGGCAUCUCCCAUUGAGACUAGGUUCCGUAAGACCCCCGAGUACAGAAAAUUAUUCAGAGAGAUCUUUGACGUUCUAAAGAGAGCCGCAGAAGCUAAGGAUGAAGGAGAGUCCCUACCAUUGCUUGAAGAUUUGACUCCAGUCUGUGAUGGAGCUCCAAAGGUGCCACCAGUUACCCCUUGUACCGAGGAGAGCCCACAGUUACCUCAGGAACCAAAGAAGCGACGGCGAAGAAGAGGAGGUGGUAAGAAAUGGGCAGAGCCACCACAGUCUACCAGCCCUGCCCCCAGGCCGACUUGGUGGACAGCUGAACCGUCCUCUGCAGCUCAGGAGGUGGCCAAAUUGAAGCAGCUGGAAAAGUCUUAUGCUGAAGUGCUCCGUCUUGGAAGGCAGCAUGCCAAUAGAAAGUAAACGCCCUACCUCAACUGAACUACCUUCCAACUCCUCGCCUGUUUUCCCUCUUUUUUGGAAUAAUUCUUUGAUUCGUAAUUUUAUCGAUGUUUGUCUUUUGAAUAGUAUGAGAAACAUUUGCUCACGCAGCGAAUAUAGGGAUUUCUUACCACUUAAUUUAUUGGUAAAAAAAAAAAAAAGUGAAAACAUUUCAAUUUACAUCUAUCCAUAUUGAUUCCAUAAAUUGUAUCUAUAUAAUUUAAGCUCCUUUUUUUUUACAUUAGUAUUUCUUUUUGUGUAAUAUAUAUAAAUUAAAAUUUUUAAUUAAAUAUCAAAACUCCACAACAUACUACCAAUGUGAUGUAUGUUUAUGAGUUAAGCUAAGAGAAAAGAGGUCAUCAUGAAACCUAAUCGGUUGUUUUAAUGUCUAGACGAUGCCAGUUCAAAUUAUAUAAAUAUAUUAUAUAUGAUGUAUACAUAGGAUAAAUGAUAAGUUACUAUUAUAAUGAACAACCAAAGGAUAAUUGUACUGUGUCAAGAACAUUCCUUACUCUUUUCGAGUUGUAUAUUUACAAUCAUUUUGUAUAUUUUUUCUUUUCUUUCUGUAUGUUUUAAUCGUUUUCUCUAUUUAUUUGUAUAUUUGUUUCUUUUUGAUGUGUUAUUAAUUGUGGGAGGAAUUAGAUUACUAUAUAGGAAUAAAUAUCCAUCUAUAUUGGACCAUAUUGGUAAAGUGUUCACUUCUUUUAGCUAAAACACUUUUAUACAAUUACUUCUUGAAUAAUGACUCUGACAGACUGUAAUUUUUUUGUUUGAUUUUUAUGAACAUUAAUCAAUUCAUUCACAUUCUAUUAUCUACAAUGAUAUAUAAUACAUGGCUAUACAUACAUACACACAUGUCACAAGUUAUAACAACAUGCUUACAUGUGUAAAUAUGUAUGUGAUGUAUAUAUAUUUAUAAAUAAUAUGUAAUUUAAUUCCUUAGAUGUUUAAAUUUAUUAUCGGCUCAAGGGAGUUUAUAAAUAAAAUGUAAAAUAUUAAAUUUUAGGAAAUUUAUGAACAUUUAAAUAACAGAUGUGCAGUGUAUAAAUAUUGUUCUAUUGGAUAUAUAAUUUAUCCAUGUCGACAUAUAUAUAUAUAUAUAAACAUAUAUAUUUGUAAAAUUUAAAUGUUUAAAAAUAUAUGUGCCAUUUAAAUUUUGUUAAA